CCACCGGUGCGAAUUCAUCUUCUUGUGUUCCCGUGGGGCUUGGGUUGGGCGACGUAAACCCCAAACUCAGGAGCGGCUGUGCCCGUGACCCACUCGAGGAAAAAAACCUCCGACAGCCUCGGCCCACACGCGGUAAGGGCUUCGCCAGGAAAGCGGCCGGAAGCGGAAGAGGAACUGCGGCUGGCGCGCCUGCGCGAGCGGGAGUCGUGGCCGCCACGUUCCUGCCGGUAACGGUCGGCGUUGACCAGCUGGUCACCUGUGAAAGCGCGGCCCAUGGCACCAGUGUCCCGGUCCCGCUCCCCCGAGGACACCCCGGGCUCCCGGAGACGGCCACGCAGCUCGCCGGGGAGCAGCCGUUCCCGCUCUCAGACCCGUGGCCGCGAGGGCCCUGAGCCUCUGUGGGGUCGGGCCACCGGCGCGCCUUACCUCCGCAGUGGCCCCGGGUCUCGAGAGUUCCCUGGGCUCCACAGCUACGCCUUCUCGGCCCCUUCCUCCGUGUACUGUGGAGGGCACCGGUCCCAUUAUCGCAACUACACGGGCGACGGGCAUUGGGCGGAGCACUACGACGUGAAGGAGAGCUCCCGACAAAGGAGGCUGAAAGAGAGGGAACGGAUCGGGGAGCUGGGAGCUCCUGAGGUGUGGGGCCUGUCUCCGAAGUGCCCGGAGCCGGAUUCUGAUGAACACAGCCCAGUGGAAGGUGCAGAGGUGAAAACGCAGAAGAUCAGCAGCAGUUCAGAUUCCAGCUCUGAAGAAAAAAGGAAAAAGAAGACCAGUCAUUCAAAAAAUAAGAAAAGAAAGAAAAAGUCCAAAAGAAAAUAUAAGAAAUAUUAUGGUAAUAGUGACAGUAAUUCAGACCCUGACACUCAUUGUGGCUCUGAUGAGGGGAAAAAGAGAGCCAAAAAAGCCAAGAACAAAGAGAAGAAAAAGAAACACAGAGGUGCAAAUAGUAAGAAAAAGAAGAGUAAAAAGACUAGAAAAGAACCGAAUGACGCAAGUUACAAAAAUUGUGAAGGGGAGGUGCCAGAAGAUAACUGUUUUGAGCACUCAGACAUUACAGAUACCAUGGAUCUCAUCGGUCCUGAAGCACCUGCAAUUCACACCUCUCAGGAUGAGAAACCUUUGAACUAUGGCCAUGCUCUACUCCCAGGUGAAGGCGCGGCCAUGGCAGAGUAUGUGAAAGCUGGAAAGCGUAUCCCACGAAGAGGUGAAAUUGGGCUGACAAGUGAAGAAAUUGCUUCAUUUGAAUGCUCAGGCUAUGUCAUGAGCGGCAGCAGGCAUCGCAGAAUGGAGGCUGUGCGACUGCGCAAAGAGAACCAGAUCUACAGUGCAGAUGAGAAGAGGGCCCUGGCAUCCUUUAACCAAGAAGAGAGGCGGAAGAGAGAGAAUAAUAUUCUGGCCAGUUUCAGAGAGAUGGUGUACAGAAAGACAAAAGGGAAAGACGACAAAUGAGGACUUUUGUUCCACAGCAAGACUUUGAACAACGAUUUUCUAUGACCAAAGUAGUUUUUGCAGGCUUUAUGGUGCUACUGUACCUAUGUUAGUAAGUUGUUGAAGAAAAACCUGUUUAGCAGUUUUUUAUUUUCAACUUAAAAAGUAAUAUGUGACCAUGGUUUUAAAGAUACUCAAUCACUACAGGAGAGUUAGUAAAAUGUGAGUCUUUACUGAAGUCCCUGAUCCUUCUCCCCAAAGAAAUCAAUCUCUCUCUCUCUCUCUCUCUCGCUCUCGCUCUCACUCUUGCUCUCUAUCUAUCUCUAUAUCUGUUCAUGAGUUCUUUGUACAUACAACCAUUAUGUUGCAAAAUAAACGGAGCUAUUGACCCAACGGGGUUUUAUUUCUCUUGUUGCCCUGACUGCUCUCUGUAAAGGCUUCAUUUAUUUGCCCCAAGGGGAACCAGAAAAACUCCACAAAGAACAAAGGAUUCAAUUGAUUGUAUACUUCUAGUUGCAUUUAACAGACUGAGUUUUAAAAAGUAGAGUUUUACUAACAUACAACUUAAGUGCAGCAGGAGGACAGUUUUCCUGUGUGGCUUUAAUAGGGCAUUGGCUUCUUUCCUCCUUGUUCUCUAUGAAUCAUUUCCCUCUUCAGGCUGUUUUCUCUCAAAUAAAAAAAAGGUCAGCAAAAGCACCUGAGUUAGGUUAUAUAUUUCCUGGUCCACCUCUAAAAAGAUAAAAUAUUUUUUUAUCUUGGCAUUGCAAACAAUCCUGAGAUUCAUCCUAACUGGAUUAGGUUAGGUCACAUGCCCAUCACAAAAAGAUGUUGCUGCCAGGGAAAUAGAAUAGCUUACUCCUGGAGCUGUUGGUUUUGUCUGUUUCUGGGCUAUGUGGGGAAGGAAAGCGUUCCUAAAUGAAAAUCAGGAUAACAUUGGGAGAGGGAAUAGGCAACCAGUAAGUGCUCACUACAAUUGUGAAUGAUUUCUAAAUAUAUUUUAUUGAUUAUGCUAUUAUAGUCCCAUUUUUUAUCUCCUCUGGUUCCCUCCACUCUGCAUCCCCCCUCCCACCAGCAUUUCCUCCCCUUAGUUCACGUCCAUGGAUCAUACAUGUAAGUUCUUUGGCUUCUCCAUUUCCUAUACUACUCUUUUUAAAAUAUAUAUAUUUUAUUG